ACUCAACGACAAGUCGGGCGGACUCGAUAUUUUUAAACGGUACAACCAAUCGGCGGAUCGCUUUUUAUUUUCGAAAAAUAUGACCGGAUGACAGAUGAAGAGGAUCCUCGAGCCAACUGGCAAGCCUGGCGAGUUCGGAAGUUCGUCGUAGCGAUCACAUGUCUACAGACGACAGAUGCACCCUGGAGGUGCAUCCUACGCGAUGACGUAGGACACACUCUGAGGCGCUGGUCUCGGAUGUUCCGGCGUCAGAGACGAUGUGUCGUCGCGCCCUGUAUCACCGGUCAGCACCGGGUGAAGGGUCGCUGUCACUCGUUAUCACGUGUCACGUGGAAUUAAACGCUGGCAUCUGAACACCUAUAUCAGUUAGAUGACGGCGAGGCGCCGUGUGUCGACAGGUCAUGGGGGCCUGUCUCGGCCACUGCUUCGCGAAAGUCACAGACUCCCUGCCGUACAGGUUCCACCAAAGACACACCAGGUUGUCUUUCCAAGGAGAAGAACAAGUUGAGUUUAUGGACACCGAAAGAGAUGAAGACCAAACUAAAGGAUCGAAGAGUUUAUUGUCAUUCCUCUCUUUAAAAAAAUUUAAGAAAAAGCAUAGUGUCCCAGUAACUUUGGAACUGCUGGAAGAUGGAGCAUGGUCGCGGGGCGGUAACAAGUACGCCAGAUUGAGUUCUAGAAACGAUGUUUCUACAAGUUCCGGGCUGGAUACAUCGCUUCACGUUCUCGAUGCAAGAACGUUGAUGAGACAACAGACACACGUUUCCUCCACUCCGGGAUCGUCGUUGGAUCUUGAGUGGGAACACGAAGGAAUGCCUCUGCCGAUCGUGGAGGACGAAAAAGGCGACACCGAGGGCUCUUCGUCGCGAACGUCAGUCAACAACAGCCAGCCCUCCAGCCUGACAGCGUCUCCCUGGUCUCGUGUUUCGAGCCCGAACAGUUUGGAAUGGGACCCGGUUGAACCGGACAUGGUAUGUGUCGACAUGGAUACCGAGCAGCUUCUGACCGAGAUAGAACGUUUGACGGACAGGGCUCUGAAAGAGACCGGCGAAUGGAGCAGUGCUAACGCUAGCUGAUAAACGACCCGGCUGUAAUUGUAAUUAAUGGAAUUGUUUGUAUUUUUGUAUCAUAUAAAGACAAGACUCGCACCGUGGAGUGAUGUGCUCUGUGCUUUUGAGAGGAACGAAGGUACACCGUGUCGUCUCGAUAUAUCACGCGAUUCUUGAAACAAUAUGACACACGACACGUUUUAGAUCGUUUCGAACAAAAUGUAUGUAUGCUGUACAACUUGGAAUACCGAGUACGGAGAUCGAACGAAUACCUAUGUUCCAACGUACUUUGUAAUAAUCUUUAAUACGAAACGAAUUCCUAUGCCAAACGCUCUGUACGAAUUUGCGAGGUUUUUGGACGGCAAAUUUGCGGGAAAUCUGUAUAUUUAAAUGAAAGAUAUAUAUAUAUUUCCGGUUUCCUGAAAUUUCAAUGUUCGGCUCGCUUGAAUAGUACCGCAUUACGCGUUUAAGUGAACUUUACUGUGGACUCGGGCAACGUCGGUGUUUUUAAUUUCGCUUACACGCAGCUUCCGUUCGACAAUAACUCGUUUUGGAAAGAGUGAGAUUAUGUGCGGUCGUGGUAUAUACUUUGUAAACGCCCAGAUAGCGCAAUGUUCAAAAUCGGGCGUCUCUCAGACGUCUUUAAGAUGUUUCUAAGACGUCUAAAAGACGUCUUAUGUCCCGAUUUUGGACACCGUGCUGUCCGGACGUUUAUAGUAAUUCUGCCAGCGCAUUCUGUCCCUCUUGUAUUAUUUUCUUACGUAAUUUCGGAGAUAUUUUAAGAGUGACAUUAGAUCAGUCUGAAGGAUAUAAACCGGGUUUUGAAGUGCACAAAGUGAGAGAUCAAAUAAUUAAAAAAAAAAAGACGAAAAAUAGCGAAUGUACAAACUGUUUUAAAUAGCAGGGGAUUACUUUACCGUAGUGGAGUGCACACGAAAUUAUCUGAAACAGUUACGAUAUAAAUGAUAAGCGUAGGAUGCCUUAAACGUAGAUAAUAAUAACAAUUACGAGAUUUUCUAUAGCUGCGAAUACGUUACCUACAUUUUAUAUAACGCAUUUUAAUAGAUUUCCGUUACAUCGCUGUACACGACCUAAACGUGACUUAUACACACACACAUACACACACAUACGUUCGAGAAAUAUGUUUCAUGUUGUUUUAUAUUCGAAUGUUAGAAAUGUAAGCACCUCCCGAAGAGAUGUGUCAUAUCAAUUUAAACAAGAUUGUAGAUCGAUGAAUUGUAAACGCGCGAAUGAAUGUGGAAUUGAAGAACGUCAUUAUAUUUGGACUGUAAUAAGUGUUAAGAGGUAAUAUGUUUAUAUAUGCUUUAAUAAAUAGUUACUUUAUUAUA